AUCGAUCAGUCGGGCGCGAACCUCUUUGAAAUCAAGUUCAGAGUUCCGCAAUGCCACAGGUGAGCGCAGCCCGUUUGCUGCUGUUCGCGUCGCUACAGGUAGCGUUCGUACUGUGCCAAGAUCCGGAUGCAUUAGCGAAACAGACUUGCACUCAGGUUAAGCGCGACGUAUUCGAGGAACGAGUUGCGAUUAGUUUCUUCUUCGCUAAUGCUCCCGUUCGCUGGGAAACUAUUGAUUCGUGCCAUGGAUCACGACCGCUGAUAGUCGGCGGAACACCCGCCGAACCCAAGGAAUUUCCCCCAAUGGCGCGUCUGGGCAAUCGCAAUGAGAAAAACAACACCAAUUGGUUCUGCGGCGGCACCUUGAUAAGCCACCGCCUAGUGCUCACGGCAGCCCAUUGCCUCUACUCGGAAAUUGGCGCAGUAAAUGUGGUGCGGCUGGGUGAAUUGGACUUCGCCAGCGAGCGGGAUGAUGCAGAACCAGAGGAUUUUGCUGUGCAGGAGAUAAUUGAGUAUCCGGAAUAUAAUUACACAAGGCUUUACCAUGAUAUUGCCCUGCUGCAACUGGAUCGAGCUGUAAAGUUCAGCGUAUAUAAGCAUCCGGCCUGCCUGCCCUUCGUUGAUGGCGACCGCAGUGAAAAUUUCAUUGCCAUUGGCUGGGGUCACAAGCGAUUCGCGGGCCGCGAGUCGACUAAACUGCUGAAAGUGAAGCUUACGAACUUUGGCACUAGAUGUCUGGCCACCACGGAUCUGGACGAACUGCCCAACGGGUACAAUGCGAGCACCAUGCUGUGCAUUGGCUCACCCGAGCUGAAGGACACCUGCAACGGCGACUCUGGUGGUCCGGUAUUAAACUACCAUGACGACUAUCCAUGCAUGUAUCACGUCAUGGGCAUCACUUCAUCCGGCAUUGGCUGUGAGACCCCAAACGUACCCAGCAUCUAUACUCGGGUGCACUACUACUUGGACUGGAUUAGGCAGGAGAUGGCCAAAAGCAGUUAAAUAGUAGACCAUCAUCUUCAAGAAAUAUAUAUUUAGAUAUUUUAUAUAUAUG